AUGGGAGGAGCGGCCUGUUCUCAGGGAUCCGAAAGACCUCCACAGGGCCUUCCGAGCAAGGGAGAGAUGAGGAAGCACCUGUCUCCUAUCGCCAACGAUCUGCUCUGUAGAUGUGCAGAGACAUUGGACACUUCACUUGAUUCUCUGGUGGAGGAUUUCGAGAGAGGCUUCAAGCCAGUGUUAGAUAACUACUCAAGGAGGUUAGUAGAGUUCUGCUGCUCAAAGGCAAUUGAAACUAUUUGUUCUAACGUAGGGGAUAGGAUAAAGGAUGGAUCUUUUAGCCAAUUCACUUACGACAUGAUGCUAGCAUGGGAGAGCCCCAGCUCAACCAAUUCAGAGCUUUCUUCGGAGAGCAUUGCAAAGGAAAAGGAGGACAAAAGGAAACCUCUUGAAGGAAACGCAGGGCAGAUGCAUGAUGAUAUUCCCCUAUUUUAUUCGGAUAUGAUGCCUCUUCUUGUUAAUGAAGAAUCAAGUGUUGGGGAAGAUGCGUUUGUAUGGUUGGCAUCCUCAAUUCCCUUGGUUGCUGAUGUUGUCAAUGCACGGUUCACUUUUGAAACUCUUACAGCACCUACUGCUAGUCGGCUCCAUUUUCCUGCUUAUGAUACAUUUCUCAAGAAAAUGGACAAGUGCAUCAAAUACUUGGAAAAACAUGAGACACCAACUGGCUCUGAGGAUGAGUUCAUUUUGCAUGUUGAGGGUACUACUGCUAGAACACAAAGAGUGGUGCGACAUAUUGGGACAACAAGUUGGCCAGGUAGACUCACCCUUACAAAUCAGUCCCUCUACUUCGAGGCAUCUGGAGUAAUAUCAUAUGAGACUGCCUUAAAAGUUGAUCUUACAAGAGCUGAUAUAGUUCAGCAAGUCAAAGCAGCAUCAACUGGGCCAUGGGGUGUUCCCUUGUUUGACAAAGCUAUAACAUAUGAGUCUACAGAGUUGUCAGAGCCCCUGGUGCUAGAGUUACCCGAGAUGACUAGUUCUACAAGACGUGAUCACUGGCUUACUCUAAUAAAGGAGGUCAUCUUGCUUCACCGCUUUAUAUCAAAAUUCGAUAUAAAAGCCCCUGUGCAGGCUUGGGAGCUUCUUGCAAGAACUAUUUUGGGGAUCUUAAGGGUUCAUGCAACCAGAGAAUUGCUAAGAAUAUCACCACCAGCUCCUGCUAAUUUGUUGAUUUUCUCAUUGUAUGAGGACCUUCCUAGGGGGGUCUAUGUAUUGGCAGAGUUAGCGAAUACCAUGAAGCAGACAACUAGUUUAAGCCCAUGCAAUGCAGCUUCCAUGCUAAAGAGUUUGAACAUUUCCUCUCCUAUUGCCUCUACUGUUGAGAACAUAAAACAAUUUGAAGAAGAAACAAGUAAUCAUUCAGACACUUUAACAUCACUGGAGACAACUAUUGGUCAAGUAAGGGAAGAAGCCAAGGAGGCUAGUAUGGCAAAAGCUACCGUGGAAGAGGUGGUGGAGGAAGGAUUAAGUGAGAGUCUUCUCAUUCUAGUUUUGAUGGUUGGGUAUCCCCUCACCAUUGCUUCGAUCUUACUGUUCCCGCAGACGUCUCUGAUAUCUGAUAAGCCGUAG